UCGGACGCUAGGGGAUCAAGACGCAUGCCACAUUGCCUCUAUGAGGGCACUUUAACUGAUCUUUCGGGGUUUUUUCCCAGUAAGGGGGCUGUGGAGGGAGGACUUUUUUUUAUUCUCAUUGUCUGAUGACUGUUUGCACGGCUGAUUAUUGAGUUGAUUGUUUAUAAUUUUGGCUCUUGUUGCCCGACGCGCUGCGCGUUUUUUUCCUCCCUUUUUGGAAUCGACGACCAUCGCGCGCUCACCAAUGUCCUAUCCUCAGGGUUACCUCUACCAGCCCCCGGGCUCUCUGGCGCUUUAUUCGUGUCCUGCUUACGGGGCCUCGGCUCUCGCUGCCCCGCGGAAUGAAGACUUGGCGAGGUCGUCCUCUGGCUCAGCCUUCAGCCCUUACCCCGGAUCUGCUGCUUUCUCCGCCUCAGCCGGUGCAAGUUUCUCCAGUCCGCUGUCAUACUCCACGGAUCCGACUGCAGGAUUCCCAUCUUACAUGAGCUCUCCAUAUGACGCGCACACGACGGGCAUGGCCGGGGCAUUGAGUUACCACCCCUAUGGAAGCCCGGGGUACCCCUACCAACUCAACGACCCGGCUUACCGCAAAAACGCCACCAGGGACGCCACGGCCACCCUGAAAGCCUGGCUACAGGAGCACAGGAAGAACCCGUACCCGACCAAAGGCGAGAAGAUCAUGCUAGCCAUUAUCACAAAAAUGACCUUGACCCAAGUCUCCACCUGGUUCGCCAACGCCAGGAGGAGGCUCAAGAAGGAGAACAAGAUGACCUGGGCGCCCAGGAAUAAGAGCGAGGACGAGGACGAGGAGGACGGGGACGGGGAGAGGAAGGAGGUGGAGCGCUCUGAUAAGACGCUGGACAACAGCGAGGCUUCAGCGGAGGAUGAAGGAAUCAGUUUGCACGUUGACACCCUGACGGACCACUCGUGCUCUGCGGAGUCUGACGUCGAGAAGAUCAGCUGUGGCGUGGGAGGGGAGCUGAGCUCUGACCAGGCCGGGGACAAGUGCGACGAGAGCGGCGACGAACACAACCACAACCCGCGCGCACAGCACUCGCCCAAAUCCGUCACAUCGUCGCCCCUCACGGGAGUAGAAGCUCCGGUUCUCGGUCAUCACAACCCCCUCAACCACCACCACCACCAGCACCACCACCACCUCCAUCACCUCCACCAUCUCCACAGAGAGCGCGAGGAUCUGGGCCGGAGCCUCGUCAGCAGCACUAAUAUUACCACUAAACCGUCUUCCUGCCUUGACAGCAGAGCCUCUUCAGGGCCCCCUCAGAACACUACAGUCAAGCCCAAACUGUGGUCACUGGCAGAGAUUGCUACCUCGGACCAAAAGCAGCAACAUCAGCAACCGGGGCAGCCUGCAGGGCAACCAAAUUGCCCCUCCUCCAGCAGUGGCCUCCUUACACCUUCCACGCCUUCCACCAACUCCCCGGCUGCCAGCUCCCCCUCCCUCUACCCGGCCCCCUCCAUCCUUGGAAGACCUAUUUAUUACACUUCUCCCUUUUAUAGCAAUUACACAAACUAUGGCAACUUCAGCCCCCUGCAGGGCCAAGGGAUCCUGCGCUACACUAAUUCAUCCGGAGUGAGUCUGGCUGCAGCCGCCGCAGCCGCUGCCGCCGCUGCUGCUGCAAACGAGGGUCUGAGCUCCUCUCAACAGGCCGGGGAGUCGAGCGCAAACCCCAAACACAGGCCAGACUCCCCCCUCGUUAAAAAUAACCCGAACCAGAUUGUUGUUGUCGAGCAGCAGCAGCAACAACUUUUCAGACCCGCAAAUUUAGAAGCAAAGAAAGGUACGUAAUAAAAAAAACAAUGCGCUAAACAGGAUGAUUUAAAGAACUUAUUUAAUCUGGUUUUGGAUCUGUAGGUUGUAUUUUACUCAAGGGAAAUCGUAUUAUGGUCACAGUAAAAUGAGUCCACUUGUUUCCAAUGCAAAUCAAGUGGUUUUAAGGUGACACUUUCAUCUUUUCCAGCAGAAAUAUCAUAACAUGAUCCGGUUGUUUUUUGCCGUUUUUUCAAGAAAUAUAAAAGUUUUUUCAACGCGAAUUUGCAUUAAAAACAAGUUGCAUUAUUUGACACUAUUAGCAAGUUUCCACUUGAUUCAACUUUAACUCGAUUCUGAGGACUGAAAUGAGAAUAAAACAUCAGAAACUGACCCGUACAGCGCAAAUGAAAGUGUAUGGUCUAUAAGUCGAUUUCCAGCGCAGUGCAUUAUCAACCUAUAAUUGCUCUCCUUUAAUUUUAACAAUUUGCAUAUUUUGUUAUUUCUAAAUCUCAUUGGAUCAGUAAGAAUAAAGUGAAAGGGUUUUGAUUUGCUAAAAUCCCACAUUAAAAAUGACAGGAGUAUAUGAGAGAAUCGAAUGCAAACAAAUGAGCAAAAGUACCUCACACUUUAAAAUGAAUCCAUUCAAGAUAGGGCCUAAAUAAACCCAACCACGUGUACCUGCACACACACACACACACACACACACACACACACACACACACACACACACACACACACACACACACACACACACACACACACACACACAAAGCCCCGUGCGUGCACACAGACACACAGUGACAGCCUGAGCAGAGAAAUGUUGCCAUAGCUUCGAGCAGGAAUUAUAUUUGUAAUAUUUCCUCUGAUGCGUGUUUGUUAUCGUAUGUGCACAGUGGGCCCCGAAUCUUACCUUUUAGGUUUAGGAUAAUUAAAAUCACACAGGGUCAGCCAAAAGCAAACACAACAGAUAGUUUGCUCCGUGCAUUCAUCGUACAACUUUUACAUCUUCAAAUGUCACUGAGAUUGUUACUCACACUCAAAGCUUUGCACUUGGGAGUGCAUAGACGAUUCCUUCUUCUUUUUUUUUCUAAACCGGUAAUUAGGCAGUGGGGAUUUAAUAAGCACUUGCAGUUCAUGACUGCUUUUUUUUUUGUAGAGCCCGCCUGUGGAAAACUUUGUGUUUUCUUGGUUUGUGGAGAGAGUUGAUCAUUUGAUCGUGUGGGAUUUUUUAUUUCCACGCUCUGCAGGUAGGUGUCACAAUUGCUUUGAGUAUAAAGCGAGUAAGGCCACCACCUUUUAGCCCCCGUGUUAACCCCCAUAACCUUUACUCCAAACUGGAUCUAGUGCCACCAUACACACGGGAUAAAAGCUGCUACCGCUUCUUCAGCUGCACACAGGCUGAGACACAUCAGAUUAUAAUUAUAACCGUAUCAUUUCAGUUGAUUUUAAUUGAUUUGUUUUUGUUUUGAUGCAUUGUGGAUAAUCAUUUCAUAAUUACGCUGGUUUGAAACAGAUCUCCCAUUAUAUGUGAUUUACAUGUAAUUUCUCAGGUUCCUAUAGUUUGCUUAUUUGCCACGGUAUAUUAUUUUAGUAUAGCCUAUUUACUUUUGGAAAACAUGAUUUGGCCUUUCUGUGAAACCGUUUUUGUAAAAGGAAGUGUCUUGGGGACGCACAGCGGACGGAAACUGAAGAGAACUCGAGGACUUCAAAGUGGAAUAGCCUACAUUUGAUAUUUAUUUUUUUAAAUGAAGGCGAAAUGAUGCCUAUAAUUUAUGCAAGUUGUAUUGCAAAAAUGGAAAACUGACAUCGUCUGUGUGUUUUGUAAAUAUAUAUAUUAUGGACGGUUUUUAUUUGAGACGCAUUUGGGGGUGAAAAAAAAAGCUACACAAUCUUGUUAUCAGGAGAACUUUUACUAAUUUAUAUCUUUGAAUGUAAAUAAAAUCAAACGCGCUGGUAUCGAUGUACUGGCGGGAUAUGAUAUUCAUUAUUCAAAGGAGAAAAUAUUAAACUGUUUUCCCAACUAUCA